AUGUGGCGACGGGGCUUAGAUCCGUUACGGAAGCUGACACGUGGCGACCUGAGAGGCACGGAAAAGAUUGCAGGAUGGCGAGCACCCAAUACAGCAGCAGAAGCAGCAGCAGCAGCAGCCACCACUCUCACUGGAUCGGCAGCACCGUACAGCUUCCGUAACCACGUUAACGGUCCUGCCGAACCUGCUGCAGAUUCCAGGCUGACAGCAGCAGUAGCAUCAUCAGCAGCAGCAGCAGCAGCAGCCUUGGGGUUGUCGGCAGUGCACUCAGCAGAAGCACCAGAGGGGGACUGCAGCAACGCUGGCGUGGGUUCAGGGCGAGAGGUACCCGCAGGUGGGGCAAGGCCGGCAGUGGACUGGGGUGGUGCAGGAAGGGGAGAGGGAGGUGAGGGGGCGGCAGUGGGGAGCAAGCACACGGCGCGCUGGCGAGUGUUCACAGACCGAGGCAGGGAGCUCUUCUCACAGGGUCGCCUACGGGAUGCAGAGCGGUACCUGCAGAGGGCUAUAGAGGAGGCCAAGGCGGGCUUUGGGCCGUCUGACCCCCACGUUGCUUCCAGCUGCAAUAACUUGGCAGAGCUAUACCGAGUAAUGGGGGAGUGGGAGGCGGCAGAGCGUCUGUUCCAAGAGGCUGCAGAGCGGUUUAGAGCGGUGGAAAUGCCUCUGCCGCUUGCAGCCACCCUGCAUAACCUGGGAGGGCUGUACCUGCAGCAGGCUCAGCUGGGGCAGGGUCAAGUGGUGUAUUCUCAACCUGGGAAUGCUGAAAUGGGGCAGGGUCAGCUGGGGCAGGGUCAACUGGGGCAGGCUCAGCUGGGGCAGGCUCAUCUGGAGAAGGCUCGUGUGUGCUACGAGGAGGCCCUCAAGCUCAAGGCGAAGGAGCUGGGGGACUCUCACCCAGACUACGCCAACACCAUGUUCCACCUUGCCGAGGUGUUUCGUCGGUUGGGGCGACGAGAGGAAGCACAUGCAGUGCUGCGAGGCUCCGUGAAAAUCCUGGAGGGCAGUGCGGGCAGUCGAGGAACGACAGCAAUGGCUCGGCGUAUGAUGCUGCUGGCACAGAUGCUUGUGCAGUCAGCAUCAGCACCAGCAGCCACCCUCCCCGCAUCUGCGGCUAUGAAUGGACAGUGGCAGGGGCAGCAGGGGCAGCAGCAGCAAAGGGACAGGGACAGCAGUAAAGAUGGAGACGCAGAGUUGCUGAGGGAGGCUGAGAGGUUGCAGAGACGAGCCAUCCAUGCGGUGGAGAUGGGUGAAGGCACCAAGGCACCGGCACUUUCAGGCAUGCUUGCAUCGCUUGCGACUACGCUUGAGAAGCAAGGCCGACUGGAGGAGGCACGGGACACGCUGCUCAGGUCGCUCCAUUUGAGGCAAGCUGCUCUUGGCUUGGACCAUUUCCUUGUGGCCAGCACGCUCACGCCCCUCGCUGCAGUCACACUCAAGAUGCUGAGCCGCCCACAGCAGCAGCAACUGCCCACAGAUGCGCCCAAGGGAGAGCGAGUUGCAGAGGAUGGCGAGAAGAUGCAGCUUGAGGAGGCACUUCACGACCUGCACUGUGCUGUCAGAGUCGCUCGCAAGGCAUGGCAGCAAGCAGCAGAGGAACUGACAGCUGCGGCAGCGGGAGGCGAUGCGGGAGGCAGGAGGGGAGAUCGGGUGCAGGGAAAUAAGAGCAGGAACACACCACCCCCAUCUGCGUGCCUCACGCUCCUUGUACAAUCUCUGGCAACAUCAGUACAGGCCUCCCUCACUGCCCUGCUAUCCGCAUCCUUCCACAAUAGGCAUCAUCUGUCGCAGCAAGCAGCAUCUGCUCUCAGGGAACUGCUGCACACGCUCUCCUAUGAUCCAGCACAAGCCCUUGUGAGUUCCAACCAUGGCGUGCGAAUCGCCUGCUUGUCUGCCCUCCAGCACCUCUCUGGAUUUCUUUGGGACCAGCUCACAUGCACCGGUGCUUGCGUGGAGGCAGCGAGUCAUUGCUCUGAAGAGAAGGCAUGUGUGCAGAGUGGUGGAGAGAGGUUGAGAGAGAACAGGAAGGGGUCGACAGAGAUACAAGAGGGUGGCAGUGGAAGCAGUAGAGGUGGUGAAGGUGAGGAAGGGAGGGAAAGUAGAGAACGGGGUGAAGAAGGCAAUGCGGAGCUGAAGAGACUGGCCGAGCAGGUGGACUUGCUUAUCGCAUCAUUGGCUAGAUAA